AUGCCGUCCCUUCAGCUUUUGCAGUUAACCGAGCAUGGCAAAGGUCUAUUGGCGUCAAGAAGGAAAUCUUUGCUGAUUGCCGCUGGUGUUGUAGUUGCCAGUGGGACAGCUGCUGCAUAUAUACAAUCACGAAGCAAUUCUAGGAAGCAUGGUCCAUUGGGUGACCAUAAUGGGCCCACUGAUGAGAACAGGUUAUCUGUUAAAAAGGUUGAAAAUUCUAAUAUUGUGAAAAAGAGUAGACAAAAGAAGGGGGGCCUGAGGUCGCUCCAUGUGCUCACUGCAAUCCUCUUAUCUCGGAUGGGAACAGCUGGUGCAAGGGACCUUCUUGCACUGGUGACCACAGUGGUGUUACGAACUGCUGUCAGCAAUAGAUUAGCUAGAGUUCAAGGAUUCCUGUUUCGUGCAGCUUUCCUCCGACGUGUGCCUACAUUUUUCCGUCUUAUCUUUGAGAAUGUCUUACUUUGUUUUCUUCAGUCAACUUUGCAUUCUACUGCCAAAUACAUUACGGGGACCUUGAGUUUGAGAUUCAGAAAGAUAUUGACAAAGCUCAUACACAGUCAAUAUUUUCAGGACAUGGUAUACUACAAGAUAUCUCAUGUUGAUGGUCGAAUAAGUAAUCCUGAACAGCGAAUAGCAAGUGAUGUGCCAAAGUUCUGUUCAGAAUUAAGUGAUCUUGUACAGGAAGAUCUCAUUGCAGUCACUGAUGGUUUACUUUAUGCAUGGCGUUUAUGUUCAUAUGCUAGCCCAAAAUAUAUCUUCUGGAUACUGGCUUAUGUGUUGGGGGCAGGAACCAUGAUUAGAAAUUUUUCCCCCGCAUUUGGGAAGUUAAUGUCCAAAGAACAGCAUCUGGAAGGAGAGUAUAGACAGUUGCACUCAAGGUUGAGGACUCAUGCAGAAAGCAUCGCAUUCUAUGGAGGUGGUAGUAGAGAAGAUUCUCAUAUUCAACAGAAGUUUAAGGAUCUUGUUCGCCACAUGAGGGUGGUGCUUCAUGACCAUUGGUGGUUUGGCAUGAUUCAAGACUUUCUCUUGAAGUAUCUUGGUGCUACAGUUGCUGUUAUUUUGAUCAUUGAGCCAUUCUUUUCGGGGAAGCUAAGACCUGACACUUCAACUCUGGGACGAGCAGAAAUGUUGAGUAAUUUAAGAUAUCACACAAGUGUUAUAAUAUCUCUAUUCCAAUCAAUGGGAACUCUUUCUAUCAGUUCAAGGCGUUUGAACCGCUUGAGUGGUUAUGCAGAUCGUAUCCAUGAACUCAUGGCAAUAACUAGAGAGCUUGGUGGACGUGAUGUAUCCUCUGUUCAGACAAAUGGAACCAAGAACUACGUUAGUGAAGCAAAUUACAUUGAGUUUGACAAUGUCAAGGUUGUCACUCCUACGGGUAACGUAUUGGUGGAGGACUUGACUUUAAGGGUUGAAACAGGAUCUAAUCUCUUGAUAACAGGUCCAAAUGGUAGUGGCAAGAGUUCACUUUUCCGAGUGUUAGGUGGUCUUUGGCCGCUGGUUUCUGGACAUAUUGUAAAGCCUGGAAUUGGUUCCGAUCUUAACAAAGAAAUCUUCUAUGUGCCACAACGGCCAUACACAGCUGUUGGAACAUUACGGGAUCAGUUAAUCUAUCCACUUACUGUAGAUCAAGAGGUCAAGCCUCUGACAAAAGAUGGAAUGGUUGAACUUCUUAAAAAUGUGGAUCUUGAGUAUCUGUUAGAUCGUUACCCACCUGAGAAGGAGGUUAACUGGGGGGAUGAACUAUCCCUAGGUGAGCAGCAAAGAUUGGGAAUGGCCAGACUCUUCUAUCACAAGCCCAAAUUUGCUAUUCUUGAUGAAUGUACCAGUGCAGUGACAACUGAUAUGGAAGAACGUUUUUGUGCUAAAGUUCGAGCUAUGGGGACUUCAUGUAUAACAAUAUCUCAUCGGCCUGCACUGGUUGCAUUCCAUGAUCUUGUCUUGUCCUUGGAUGGUGAAGGAGGUUGGAGUGUCCACAAAAGAGAGGAUUCUACUGCGAUUGAAGGAUCUGAGUUCAACAAGACACACCACACUGAAACAGACCGUCAAAGUGAUGCGUUGACUGUUCGUCGUGCUUUUGCUAACAUAAAAAAGAAUUCUGCUUAUUCAAAUGCAAAGGCUCAAUUAUACUCCUCAGAGUUGCUAGCAGCAUCUCCUCUUGAAGUUGAUUCCCCUCCUCCCUCAUUUCCACAACUGCAAGCUAUUCCGAGGGCAUUGCCUUUGCGGGUUGCUGCAAUGUCUAAAGUUCUGGUUCCAUCGUUGGUCGACAAGCAGGGAUUACAGUUGCUUGCAGUUGCUGUGCUUGUUGUGUCCAGAACUUGGAUUUCAGAUCGCAUUGCUUCUUUGAAUGGGACCACUGUGAAAUAUGUCUUGGAGCAAGAUAAAGCAUCUUUUGUACGGUUGAUUGGUGUGAGCAUCCUUCAAAGUGCUGCAUCUUCUUUUGUUGCACCUUCUUUAAGGCACUUGACUGGAAUGCUUGCCCUGGGGUGGAGAAUACGCCUGACCAAGCAUCUGCUAAAGAAUUAUUUGAGGAAGAAUGCAUAUUACAAGGUAUUUCACAUGUCCUCAAAGAAUAUUGAUGCAGACCAAAGAUUGACACAGGACCUGGAAAAAUUAACUGGCGACCUAUCUGGCUUAGUAACUGGUAUGGUGAAACCAACCGUCGACAUUUUAUGGUUCACUUGGAGAAUGAAGCUACUAACUGGUAGAAGGGGAGUCGCAAUUCUUUAUGCUUACAUGCUAUUGGGGUUGGGUUUUCUAAGGAGUGUUACACCUGAGUUUGGUGACCUAACUAGUCGUGAGCAACAACUGGAGGGAACCUUCAGGUUUAUGCAUGAGAGACUUCGCACACAUGCCGAAUCUGUUGCUUUCUUUGGUGGCGGUGCUCGAGAGAAGGAGAUGGUUGAGUUAAGAUUCAGGGAACUUCUUUGUCAUUCUGCAUUGCUGCUUAGAAAGAAAUGGCUCUUUGGCAUUUUGGAUGACUUUAUCACGAAGCAACUUCCUCAUAAUGUGACUUGGGGUUUGAGCUUGCUGUAUGCAAUUGAGCACAAGGGUGACAGGGCAUUGACUUCAACCCAAGGCGAGUUGGCUCAUGCAUUGAGGUUCUUAGCAUCUGUAGUAUCUCAGAGCUUUCUGGCUUUUGGUGACAUUCUUGAGCUACAUAGGAAGUUUCUUGAGCUUUCGGGGGGCAUCAAUCGUAUUUUUGAACUGGAAGAGUUUCUAGAUGCCUCUCAAAAUGAGGAUCAUUUGCUUGCCAAAGGGAGCGACUCGUCAUCAGAUGAUAUCAUUUCUUUCUCAGAGGUGGAUAUAGUUACACCAGCACAGAAGAUGAUGGCUCGGAAGUUGAAAUGCGAUAUUGUGUCCGGGAAAAGCCUUCUUGUAACUGGUCCAAAUGGAAGUGGAAAAAGUUCUAUUUUCCGAGUUCUUCGAGGGCUUUGGCCAGUGGUUAGUGGAAGACUGGUAAAACCUUCUCAGCACACUUACUCGGGAAUUGGUGGCACUGUCUUCUAUGUUCCUCAGCGCCCAUACACUUGCUUGGGCACCCUGAGAGACCAAAUUAUAUAUCCCCUGUCACGUGAGGAGGCAGAAAGAAUGGUUUCAUUAAAUAUUGAUCAAGGUCAACAACCCGCUGGAACCUCUAACACCUUGGAUGACCAUCUAAAGUCUAUUCUGGAGAACAUUAAGCUAGUGUAUCUUUUGGAAAGAGAAGGUGGACUGGAUGCUAGCCAGAACUGGGAAGAUAUCUUAUCUCUUGGUGAACAGCAGAGAUUAGGCAUGGCGCGUCUGUUCUUCCACAAACCACGAUUUGGAAUACUUGACGAGUGCACUAAUGCCACGAGUGUGGAUGUUGAAGAGCACCUUUAUAGGCUUGCAAACGAGAUGGGAAUAACUGUGAUUACAUCAUCACAGAGGCCUGCCCUGAUACCAUUCCAUGCAUUGGAAUUACGUUUAAUUGAUGGUGAGGGAAAAUGGGAGCUCCGAACUAUUGAGCAAUGA